AUGGAUAGUACGUGCGAGUAUUGCGAGAAGGGAAGAGCCACCGUAUACUGCCGCGCCGAUUCCGCUAGGCUGUGCCUUUCCUGCGAUCGCGUCGUGCACUCUGCCAAUAACCUGUCGUUGAGACAUCAGCGGACUCUCCUGUGCGACGGCUGUAAUCUCCAACCGGCAGCUUUUCGCUGCGUUGACGAAAACCUCUCUCUCUGCAUCGCUUGCGAUAGCGCGAUUCACGGCAAGUUAUCCUCCUCGCAAUUACACAGACGCCAUGCGUUCGAAAAUUUCACGGGCUGCCCGUCCGCAGCAGAUCUUGCUCAGCUCUGGGGCUGCGAGUUGGCGAAACCACCCCCGCCGUUGCUCCAAGUUCAUCAGAAGCACUCUCGCCCCGCGUGCUCCACGUCAACAGGCGCCACGACGUCGCUCAUCGCGUCGCACACUACCAGGCUGUCGCACGACGACGCGCUGCCGUCGCCAGAUUCUGGCCGUGCGACGCGGUUAACCUCUGGUUCCGUGAAGAGCCUGCGACCGUUAGUAACGCCGGCGGCGACUAUGAGUCUAACGAGCUCCGUGCAGCACCCGUCGCUCUCCAAGCCCGCUGCGCCGGAACCCAGCACCGCCACGCAGCCGUCCGGACAGCAGCACCGACCCUCCGCGUGCGCCCCCGGAAUGACAUCGCCUGCGCCUUCUUCCUACUCUGGGCAAAGAGCGCCGCGCAUGUCUCCGCCAGCCUAUUCCCCCCGCGCUCUUCCCAGCACCGCCGCCGACCGAGGUCCGUUUUACCCACAGCCGCCGCAGCAGCCGCAACAGCUGAACCAGAUGCCGCCUCCGCAUUUCCCGGCGGACUUCGGCUUUGCGGGGCAGCAAGGCACGCAGCAGGGCAUGCAGGCAGGCGCGCUGCAAAAGGUGGAGAUGGAGAGACAAGCGGAGCUCGCGCAAGGCAAUCGUUACUUCUUUCCCGGCGGGCAUCUCUCUGCUGCGCAACCGAACCUGGGCCUCCUCCAAUCCAUUCCCGGAUGGUCUGUGACUCACCCGAACCUCGGCCCGAGCUUCGGUCCAGGCAUGGGGCGAGAGGAGAGGAUGCCGAACCAGCGUGUGGACUUGGAGAUGGGUCUGAUGUUCGGUCACGCCAACUCGCAGCAGCACCAGCAGCACCAGGAGCAGCAGCAGCAGCAGCGGCAGGUGGUGCAGGGAGCUGGUGGGGCGAGCCCUCUGCUUCCACCCGUGCGCCUCAAACCCAAGGACGCCAAGGGGCUCAAGGGUCCCCUCAUCGACAACCACUCCUUGCCACCACCUGCAGCAACUGCGGCGCCUACAGCUAGCGUGGUUGCAGCAGGGAUCCCCAACGCCGUGGCGGCUGCGCUCGCCGCCGCACCGUCUGCAUUCCUCACGUCGCCGCGCCUCGCUGGCAAGCGCUCUCACAGCAUCACCUCCGCCGCCUCCCCGCUCGUCUCCCCGCGCCACAAGCUCGCGCGCACCUCCCCCUGGUCCCUGCCCGUGCCUGCGCCCGUGCCUGCGCCCGUGCCUGCGGCUGUGGGUGCGCCAAUGGGCUCGGCACAGGCGUCGCCGGUGCGGAUUGCGGAGGAGGAGCAGGGCGGCGGCGGGGAGAGGGGGCGGGAGUCGUGGUCGCCCGUGGUAAUGAGGGACCUGGGCGCGGAGCAGGGGGAACAAGCGGAACAGGGGGAGGAGGCGGAGCAGGGUGAGCAGGCGGAGCAGGAGAAUUGGACAAUCGAGGAUGGGAAUGCGCUUAGGAGGAGGGUGGAGGAUAAGGGCGGAGGAGCCGGUGGCACUGGCGACGGCGGUGGGAAGGUGCAUGACGCUGCAGUGAGGGAUAGCCCUGCGAAUAAGAGCAACGCAUUCACCUCCCCAGGUCUCGGCCAGAGCACUGUGACUGCGGAGGGCGUGACUGUAGACCGCGUCUCAGCCUUCCCAUCCCCUCCCACGCCAAGCACAGCCCAUGCCGCCCAUCCACCCCCUCUCCCCUCCGCUCCCCAAUCCGCACCCCCCUCCGCCACCCCCUUCCCGCCCUUCUGCACGCCCCCCGCGCUCCCCCCAGCUCCCCUGCACGCGCCCGCUUCCCGCGCGCCUGCGAGUCCCAGCGUCUUCCUGCCCAUCCCCCCGCCCGGCAGCCCCUUCUCCCCGGCCAUGGCUGCCAUUGCCGCCACGCUCAGAGCUGCUCGCGUGCCCGCCCCGCCCCGUUCCGCGCCUGCCUCUGCUGCGUCCGCCGCGCCCACUCCUCCCGCUGCUCUAGCGGGUGUGGGUGUGGGCAUGCCUGCACGCCCCUCUCCGCCCCACAAGGUCCCCUUUUUCGCCUCUUCCGCUGCUGCAGUUGCAGCAGCUGCUGCUGCUGGUAGUGGUGGCAAGACCGCUGUCACUGUGGCUGGCAGCGGUGCUAGUGGCGCAUCAGGUGCUGCUGGUGCUGCUGGUUGUGCCAGUGGCAGGGCGUGCGGUGCUGCUCUGUGCCCUGCGGACAGUGCAUGUCCUUCUAGCUCCUCCCCUGCCUCCGCCAGGGCUUCUCUCCGUUCGGCUGCUGGCGGCUCGGUGGAAACAGGAGAGGCAGCAGGAACAGUGGAGAACCAGAGGAGUGGCAAGGCAGGGGAGGACAGGGCUCCGGAGAAAAAAGCCGAUAAGAAGCUGCUCGUUUCGCGCAUCGGCGAUGCGAUUUUCGCCGAGGCUGAGAGGAACCUGGAGAGGGAGAGGGAAAUGGGCGCGGAGGAGGGCUCAGAAGAGGAGGGGCGGGUGGGGAGCGCGGGCAUGGACAUGGUGGGGAUGAUGGGCAUGGGCAUAGAUAUGGGCAUGGAGAUGGGGGGCAUGGACAUGGGCAUGGGUAUGUCCAUGUCGUCAUGUGAGGAUAUCUUCUCGUUUGGCGAGAACAACAGCGAGUUUGGCGGGCAGCUGGGGCGAGACGGGGGCGAGGAGGUGGUGAGGGAGGAGGAGGAGGCGGGGGGAGAGCAGGAAGAGCGGGGGGGUCGGGAGGAGCAGGAGGGGGAGGAUGGGAUCGCCAUGGGUGCAGGUGGCAUGGGUGUUACUGGCCUAGGUGCUGAUAGCUGUGCUGCCCAGCCUCUAGGGGGCAUGGCAGCAGCAGGUGCGCUCAUGCAGCCACUGGAUCAGGACACUGUUGACUGGCUCGCCGCCCGCCCGCCGUCCUCUAUGGCCGGCAUGAACUGUCUGCUAGCGAGGGUGGUGGGGGAGGCGGGCGGCAGCGCAGCAGGCAUGGAUGGCAGUGCAUCGCCCACCACGUGUGCUCUGCUGGACCGCAGACUAGGCGGUUCUGCCGUCACCGCACCCAAUGCCAAUGGCCCGAGUGACCUCACCACCCCUGCCACUCUUUUCGGUGCAGCUGCUGCCGCAGACGCCUCUGGUCGUGUGCCUUGGAGGAACGGAGCGGUGUGGAACAAUGCUGCCAUCCGAACCUUGUCCACAGCUUCGGCGUCCAGCUCCUUGGCAGGUGCGGCGGGAGGUGCGGGUGGGGUGGCGGGGGAGGCGGGGCAGGAGGAGAGGGAGCUGGCGCUGUUCCAGGCGCUGGAGGGGCAGAUGAUGCGCGAUGGGCGCAGCAGCAGAGGCACUGCCACCCCAGACGCACAAGCAGGGGGGGGAGGCAGCGAGGGUGAGGCCAUGGGCAUGGCAGGGCUUGUGGCUGCAGAAAUGGCGGCAACUGCUGCUGCUGCUGCUGCUGCUGCGGUGGCGGCAACAGCGCCAGUGGAGGUGAAAUCAGAGGCAUUUUCUGGCUCUGAGAGAGCCGGUCCCAGCAGUGCUGCCACGCUGUUUGGUGGCAGUGCCAUGCACCCUGCUGGCCCCAUGAGUAUGGCCCACGCCCUCCAUGCUCUCAACUCCGCCAACCCAGUCAACCCAGUCAAUGCAGUCAACGGGAACGCAGUCAACUCAGUUAAUGCGGUCAACCCAGUCAACUCGGUCAACGGGUUUCUUGCGGACCCCUGGUUGUGCCGGGCGAGGAGCAUGCAGGGGGCGGGCGGCGGGGUGAUGGGCGGGGGCCAAAUGAUGGGCGGCACGGUGCUAUCAGCCAUGGUGGCGGUGUCAGCAGCAGCAGCCAGGGACGAGGCAGUGAUGCGAUACAUGGAGAAGAAGAAGCACCGCACGUUUGCCAAGAAGAUUCGGUACGAGUCACGCAAGACACGCGCGGACGGGAGGCAACGGGUGAAGGGCAGGUUUGUGAAGACUCUUGACGGCGCAGAAGCAACCUACGUAGGCGGCGAAGUGUUGGCGAAAGAGUUACAGAAGCUGAUUCUCGAGGUGUCGCUAGAGCAGCUGCGAGAGCACACACCGGCCGUGCGACAAGGGCUAUUCGGAAUCCCAACGGCUAAAAACCGCGAACGCGCGGACGAGAUCGCGGAAGCGGAGAGAGAAGUGGCGAAACUGAUCGCUGCGAUCGACGGUGUGGAUGCGACGAUGGAGACAGAGCCCCGGUUGGAUGAUGCCAAAAGGGCAGACGACGCCAUGGGUGAAGAUAACCAGGCGACAGAUUCACAUGCGACAGAUUUAGUCGCAUCGCCGUCGCCGGCUCAAUCACCGGCGGGAUCCUCGCAACCCAGCACGCCCGCGAGUGCGAAAGGAGGUUCCGCGGCCGCAAAUACCCCCUUGCCCGGUGCACACACUCCGUCGCGCGCUGCCCUGACCCCCUCACCCUCCUCCACGUGGCUACCGUUUGGGGGGAUUCUGGGCGCGUGGAUGUCGCCCACCUCCCCGCCCCCCGACGCAGAUGCGCCCCCCUCAUCCCCGCCCCCCGAUGCGGAGGCGCAAAGCAAGGCGGGCGAUGCGGAUAAUUCAGCGCGCGGGUCCGGCGGGGAAGAGCAAUCGCCGGUGUCGUCUGGAGCUACCCAGGCGUCGCUAGAGUCGCGGGCUCUGGCGACUGGUCCUGCGACUGAACAAGCGAUCGGAGGGACGUUCGGAGGGUCUGAUUUGGGGGUUAUUGCAGCGGCGGGCACACGUGGCGGAUCUGAAUUGGAAGAUCCCACCGCAGCAGCAGACGUAAAGGAGGAGGGAAGCAGAUUGAAGAAGCCAGAUAAGAGGAACGAAUACAGUUCCUCUGCUGCUGCUGCCGCUUCUCCGCCUCGAUCUGCUGCCACCACACGCACUGCUAUUGCCGUAACGGCAGAGCAGCUACAGGCGGCAGAGCAGCUACAGGCGGCAGAGCAGCUACAGGCGGACGUGGUGGAGGCGGCUGUAGCGCAGGCGGCUGCCAGCUGGCAUGCCACGUGGACGCAUAAAGGAGAGCAGAGGGGGGAGCAGAGGGGGGAGCGUAGCGACGAGUGCAAGAUGAGAGACGAUCUGGUGGACAAGGUCGUGGAGGUGGCCGCCCUACAGGCCGCUGCGGCUGUAGCGCCGGCUGUAGCAGCGGCUGCAGCGGCGGCUGUAGCUGAGGAGAGGAACGAGUGGGUGGCGAAGGGCGAUUUGGUGCAGGCGGCGCUGCAGGCGGCACUGGAGCAGGUGGAAGGCGGCUGGCGUGGACUGGAGGAGAGGAGUGCGGGGGAGCGGCGAGAGCUGCUGGGUCGACUGGCUGCUGCAGAGCAGGCGGUGAGAGUAGAGGCAGCUGGAAGGGCUGUGGCGGAACAGGCUAGGAUGGUGGGAGAGAGGGAGGGUACGGCUGUAACGGCGGCUGUAGCGGCGGCUGUGGCUGAGGAGAGGGAGGAGUGGGCGGCGAAGGGCGAUCUGGUGGAGGUGGUGCUGCAGACGGCGCUCCAACAGGCUGCUGCCACGUGGCAUGGGCGGGAGAGGGAGUUACAGAGGCAGCAGCUAGAGCAGCAGCAGCAGCCGGAGGUGAGACCAGUUGAAGAGGGGGAGGAGGAGGGGGAACGGAGAGAGGCUGAAGGCAGGAUGGGUGGGGAAGUGAUGGUGGAAGUGAUGGGAGUGGCGAUGCAGCAGGCAGAGGAGGAGUGGCAGGCCCGUGUGGCUGCUGCUGAGGCCAACGCUGCUGCUCUAGAGAGGAGAGCAGCCGCAGCUGAGGCGCUGGUGGGGCGAGCAGAAGAGAGGGCGGCUGCUGCAGAGGCGAGGGCGGAAGCAGCAGAGGCGGCGAGGGGCGAGGCGGAGGAGAGGGUGAGAGCAGCGGAGGUGGGGAGGGGAGAGGCGGAGGCGAGGGCGGAAGCAGCGGAGGCAGGGGCAGCGGAGCAGCAGCAGGAGCGCACAGCAGAGGCUGCUGAGCUGUGGGGCGAACUGACUGACCGCGAAGCAGUGUGGGACGCUGAGAGAACUCAGCUUGAGGAGCGGGUGAGAGAGGCAGAGGAGCGGGCGAGGGCAGUAGAGGAGAGGCUGAGAGCAGAGGAAGCGAGGGCGAGAGAGGCGGAGGAGCAGGCACGGGCGUUGGAGGAGGAGGUGGAGCAGUUGCAGAGAAGGGUUGAGGUGGCGGAGAGGGAGAGGGACGCGCGGAAGGAGGAGGAGGGGCGGCAGGGGAAGCUGCUGGAGCAGCUGAGAGCAGCGGAGAGGCAGGUGGCAGAUGGUGCUGCAAGGCUGGCAGCUUGCGACGCUCUGAUUGGCCGGCUGGAGGGGGAGGUGCGGGAGAAGGAGAGGCGGGUGGUUGAGUUGGAGGGUGAGGUGGCGGCUUUGAAUCAGGAGCUGUUUAGUGAACGGUGUAUCUCGAGUGGGCGGGAGCAGCGGUGCAGUGCGGUUCAGGGGCUGUCAAUGCUGCUGGACGAGGAGGAGUCUGGGCGGGAGCAGCAGUCUGGGCGGGAGCAGCAGUCUGGGCAGUUUGCAGGGCGCGCGUUUGUGGUGCGCCCGGGCAGCACUGGCGGCACGGUGAAGCGGGGCGGCGCGGGGAGUGAGGGGCGCGGAGGGGAGGCGCGGGAGGUGCGGGAGGCGAGGGAGGGGGGUAAGGCGCGGCGACCGGCGUCUGUUGGGGCCACACCCAUGCCCCGGAUAGCUGGCCGCGGGCCAGGAGGAGGAGGCGGUGGGGGUGGAGGUGGUGGUGGUGGGGGUGGGUUCAGAGUCAAGGGAGGGAGGUUUUUUGGUGGGAAUGGGGGUGUGUGGCAUGGUGGGAGUGACAGUAGCGAGGGGGGGUUCAGUGAUGGGAGUGAGGGGAGCGUGGGGCCUGUGUCAGAGGAGGGUGACGUGUCACCCUCGUUAAGAUCACCUGAGAUACGAGCACGUGUGAGGAUUGCGCCGUGGGUGAGAGCAGGGAGUGGGGACGGGGAUGAGGAGGAGGAGGGGAGGGAGGUGGGUGGGGAGAGGGAGGAGGGAGAGGCGGAGGAAGAGGAUGGGGUGGCGCUGCUGCUGGAGAUGGCGCAGGUGGUGGCGCGGGAGAGUGCAGGCGAGGGAGGGGAUGGAGGGGGAGAAGCGGAGGGGAGGACCGAAAGGGGAGAGGAUGGGGAGCGGGAGAAGGUGGAAGAGAGCAGUGGGAGUGUUGGCGAUGGGGCAGGGCAAGGUGCAGCAAGGGCGGUGGCAGGCACGGGGCUGGGGACACUGGAGGACGGUGCUGGGUCUGCUGUGAAGGGCAAGCGGCCACAGGGGCGCGGAUUUGCAGGGAACAUUGAAGGGCGGGUGAGGAGGGAGGGCGGUUCAAGUGGUGAUGGGGAGGGGGAGGGGGAGGGGGAGGGACCGGGAGUGGAGGUGGAUGAGGGGACGGGGGUGGCGGUGGAUGAGGGGACGGGGGUGGCGGUGGAUGAGGGGACGGGGGUGGCGGUGGAUGAGGGGACGGGGGUGGCGGUGGAUGAGGGGACGGGGGUGGCGGUGGGCGUGGAAGGGAGCGAGGGGGUUGGGGAUGAUGAGGCGUGUAGUGCUCAAGCGAGAAAGGGCGGCACGGGAGCGUCUGGGGUGAGGGCAGGUGCAGAGUCAGGGGCAGCAGCAGCAGCAGGAGGCAGGACAGCAGGAGGGGAGAGUGCACUGACAGGAGGGGGGAGUGUGAUGACAGGAAGUUUGAUGACGGGGGAUAGCAGGUGGUGUGCGGAGAGGCGGGUGGAGGAGUUGGAGGAGGCGAUGAGUGCCAUGCUGGCGCAGGUGGAGGCGUGGCGCGGCAAGGCGGAGCGGCGGCAGCAGGAGGCCCACGCGCUGAGGGAUGCUGUGAGGCGGCUGGAGGCACACGUGGAGGGCACUCAGACUCACCAGCUGCGCGCUCUUGACACCACUGCUGCUCCUCCUGCUGCCGCUGAUCCUGCUGCUGCUGCUGCUUCUGCUGAGUCUGUGGCAGUACGGGUGGAUGAUGCUUUCGCUGCUGCAGAAGGUGGGGGCCCUGCCAGUGCUGCAGAGAGAGGUGAAUCUGGGGCGGGUAGUUCUGGGGCAGGUGAAUUUGGGAUGGGUGAAUCCGGGGAAGGGGAGCCGGAGGCAGCGAGUGUGCGGGUGAAGAUCCUUAACCUGGAGCUCAUGAGCAACAACAAGCGCAUUGCUGCAUUGGAGGGCCGCCUGCACGCCAGCAAGGCCGCUGUCUCUCAGAUCGCCCGCAGCUACCACGAGCUGGACGCUGCCAGAGAGGAGGCUGAUGAGUGCAGACGACGGUUGGGUGAGGUGGAGGCGGAGUGGCGGGGGAAGGUGGCGGAAGCGGAGGAGGAGAAGGAGGUGUAUCGAGAGCGGAUGGUGGAGCUGCAGCAGUACUGGAGAGAGUCGAAGCGGGCGGCGGAGGAGUGGGAGGCUGCUGCGGAUGAGGAGAGGGAGAGGGCGGAUGAGGAGAGGGAGAAGGUGAGGGGGUUGGAGAGGGAGGUGAGGGAGGAGAGGGAGAAGGUGGCGAGUCUGCUGCGCGCUGUGGUGGAGAAGGAGGAGCGGCUGUGUGCGUUUGCUGCUGAGAGCGAGCAGCAGAUGAGGGGGUUGAGAGAGGAGGUGGAGGAGUUGAGAGCGGUGGCGCGGGAGAAGGAGGAGGAGAUGGAGGGGGUGAGGCGGGACUGGCAGCAGGUGCUGGUUGGGUGGGAGGAGGAGGAGGAGGAGCGGAAGAGAGAGCAUGAGAGGGAGAAAGGACGGCUGGAGGAACAGUUGGAGCGAGCGAGGGAGAGAGAGGGAGAAUUACAAGAGGAGGUGGAGCGAGUGGGUGGGGAGUGUGAGAGGGCAGUGGAAGCAGCGCAGCAAACGGAGAGGGGGAGGAGAGAGGCGGAGGGGGAGCUAGAGAGGGCGAGAGAGGAGGUGAGUAAGCUGAAUGUGAUUGUAACGAGUCUGGAGAAGGAGGUAGAGGCGCAGCAACAGCAAUUGGACGCUCUGGAAAAGGAGAAGGCGGAGGGUGGCGGGGGGGGGCGGGAGCAGGGGGAGUGGGAGGGGAAGAAGGGCGGACGAGGGGUGGAGUGGGGGACGGGAGAGUUGGGUGCGGGCGAAGACUGGCAGCAGCUGGUGGAGCGAGCAGCAGCGGAGAUGGAGCAAGUUUGUAAGGCGUUAGGGGAGGAGCUGGAUGCGGUGGAGAGGGAUAGGGCAUGGUGGCGGCAAGUGGGGGAUGCGCUGUGGUGUGCGGGCAACAGCAGAGCGGGCGAAGGUGUGGCCAAGGAUGCAGGUGUGGCCAAGGAUGCAGGUACAGGUGCGGGUGUCACUGCCAGUGCCACUGCCACUGCCAGUGCCACUGCCACUGCCAGUAGCAUUACCAGUGGUGGUGCAGAGGCUGGGGGAAACGCAGGGGUGGCAGCGCUGCAGCUGCUGAACUGCUCCCAGGCCUUGAAACGGCUGAGUGACACGGGCAUGGUGGGGGAUGCAGGUGGUGACAGGGGGCAGGAAGGAGCAGAUGUGGCAGAGCGGUUGGAAGGGAUAGAGAGGAGUGAAGAGAGGGUGGCGAGGGAGAGGCAGGAGUGGGAUGCAGCAGCUGUGGCAGCAGAAAGCCAGCAGCACCGGUUGAGUCAGCUUAGAAAAACGCUGACUCAGCGGCUGCGCUCUGUGUCGACAGCUGUCAGCCAGCUGAGGAAGCGCCGGCGCCAGCUGGCGUGCGAAGCGGCAUGCCAGCUGGGCAAGGCUGGUGACGUGGCAGGGGCAGCGGUGGGGAGUGUGGUGGGGGAGGGCGUACACGUGGCAGUGUUAGAGGAAGCGGUGAGAGGCAUGGAGGAGGCUUGGGGGGAGGAGCGAGCAGCCAGGCUGGAUCAGGCCUCCCAGCUUCGGCAGUACUUGGCUGAUCUGGCCGAGGCUCGGAAGGCCCUGGAAGAGGCUCGGGGAGAGGCCCGGCAAGGGGUGAGGUUAGGAGGGGAAGGGGAGGAGGGGAGGGAGGGUGUGGGAUCGGUGGGUGGGGAAAAGGGGGGAGUGAGAUGCGAGGUUGAGGAUAAGGGGAGGGAGGAGAUGGUGUUGGGUCUGCAGCUGCAGCUGCUGGUGAUGCAGUUGGCACUGGAAGAAGCAGAGGAGAGGCUGGGGAGGAGCGUCGAUGGGGGGACAGGUGAGAGGAUUGCAGGGAGAGGGGAGGCUGAUGGGAGGGACGAGAGGGGCGAGGGAGACGGGGGGAGGUUGGGGAAAGAUGGGAGGAAGGAUGAGCAGGAAAGGAGGGAGGGUGGUGGAUGGGAGGAGGGGAAGCGGGAGGGCACGGCGGGGUGGGAGCAAGAAGCGAGGGCGCGGGACUUGGAAUCGUUCAUUGUGUUGCAGGCGCUGCAGCAGACGGAGGAGGAUGGGGCCGCAGCACAGCAGUGCCAGUGCGGGCCCGACGGGGAACCCGAGGGGGCGGUGGCUCUGAAUAACGAGGUGGAUGCAGUGAGGAGAGCGCUGCGGUGCUGUGCGCUCCAGCUGCUGGUGGCGCGUGAAGCGGUGCUGCAGGGCGAGGGGUGGGGCGAGGCGGUGAGAAGAGAGCUGGUGAGAGAGCGGCGGCGGAGGGAGGAGGAGAGGCGGGAGGCGGAGGAGUGGAGUGAGAUGCUGGAGGAGCAAAGGCGCGUGGCUGAGGUGGCAGCAGCGAGGGAGAGGGAGGAGCUGGUGGGGGAGCGGGAGGGGCUGCAGGGGGAGGUCUGUGAGCUGAAGGGAAGAGUUGGCGAGUUGGAGGAGGAGGUGUGUGAGGCGCGGAGGAGAGUGGGGGAGCUGCAGAUGAGAGUGGGGGAGGUGGAGGAGGAGGUGGGGGUGAAGGGCGAGGAGGUGGGGCGGUUGCAGGGUGAGUUGGGUGAGCUGCGAGAGCACAAGAGAGUGCUUUACGGGCAGGUGAACGGGUUUCUAGGGCAGGUGGAGGAGAUGCACGGGCAUAUUGAGGACUUACAAGGGCAGGUGUACGGGCUGCAGGGGCAGGUUGAGGAGUGGCAAGGGCAGGCGCACCAGUUGCGGCAGCAGGUGCAGGCAGGGCAGCAGGCGAUUGUGAGGGAGCAGCAGCGUGGGGAGGAAGAGGCAAGAGCAGCGGAGGAGAGAGUGAGAGCCGCGCUGCAGACACUAGAGGAGACCAGAAAGGCCGCUGCCAGUGCUGCUGCAGGUGCCGCUGCUGCCCUGGCGGAGCGGGAGAGGCAGGCAGGUGAGGAGAGGGAGCGGUGGCGGCAGGAGGUGGCGCGCAUGGAAGGGGAGGUGGCACGGGUGGGCAGGGAGGUGGAGCGGGGGGCAGGCGGGCGAGGGCAGGGGGUGGGGGAUGUGGGCAGUGUGCAGAAGAACCUGUUGGGGGCGCUGGACCAGGCAGGCACGGGUGCGCUGGUGCUGCAUCAGGGGGCACCUGAAGAAACACCUGGAGGGGCAGGUGGAGGGACGCCAACGUAUACACCUGGCGGUGGCAAGACACCGGCGUUUUUCACGCCGUCUGCAGUUACUCCUGCUACAGCUUCCACGCCAGCAGGGACCGGCAGGCAUGGACAGCUACAGCCGUGGUCGCCUGCCAGUAGUGUGGCGUCUCCAGGCGAUGCCACUCCCUUCCGUCUGCACUCUUUUUCGUUCCGGUCAGUCUGCACUCUUUUUCGUUCCGGUCAGUCUGCCCUCUUUUUCGUUCCGGUCAGUCUGCCCUCUUUUUCGGUCAGUCCGUACUCUUAA